AUGAGUGAGCGGCCGGCCCAAAAUUGUCAAACAGUACGCUCCAAAUUUCCAAUCACUAAUCACAACACCAAUCAUUUUGUUUUCAUUUUGCCUUAUCUGACCGGGCCCCACUCAAAGGAAAGGCAAAGACUUGACCAGUCCGGUUUUGGAAUGUACUCAACGGCAAGAUCUACAGAUGUUCAUGUGGGUCCCACAAAGUAUGUUAAUCCGACGGUAAGACUGUAUCCUAUGGUUCAAACUUCCCGGUAUGAGUGGCACAGAGGAUUGCAACCCGAACACUAUGUAAGUGUUAAAAGGCGUUAUGUAAAUUCCUCGGGGAAUUCAAAUCUCAGAGUCAUUGUUCCUCAGUGCCAUUGUCCAUCCAAUUUCUUUCCUUUUUGUUUUUGUGAAUCGUUUGUUCGAUCAAUCGGUUCCAGAAAGUCAGGGAAACGAAAUUGGAAGCUCCUGCUCCUCCUCGGACAAGCUGGGCCGCGGUUGGUUGAAUGGUUUCCUUGCCAUGAAAGCAAGAAGUUCACUGCUGAAGCUGUAAAAGCUGCUGAUGGAAAUAUUAGAAACCCCAAUGAGAAAAUGCGGCUUGUUGUCACAGUCUUCGUUGGAAUUGUAUUAGGCUUCUUUUUAGGAGUUUCAUUUCCAACAGUCUAUUUGACUAAGAUGAAUCUUCCAUCCAGCCUUUUUCCUUCCAUUGAUCUUUCGUACAUAGAGGACAAGUACUCCGGGUUUUCAACCCAAGCACUGUUGAAUGCCUGGUCUUCUUUGAAGGGCAACACAGACAACUCCGCAAGAUAUGUAUCUAAUGAGGAGGCAAAGAUUUGGGUUCCGACAAAUCCUCGAGGUGCUGAAAGCCUACCCCCAGGCAUCAUUGCAUCUGAGUCGGAUUUCUAUCUUCGCCGACUAUGGGGUCUGCCCAGUGAGGACUUAAUCAUCAAGGCAAAGUAUCUUGUAACCUUUACCGUAGGCUAUGCUCAGAAAAAUAAUGUUGAUGCAGCAGUGAAAAAGUUCUCAAAGAAUUUCACCAUUCUGUUGUUUCACUACGAUGGGCGGACAAGUGAAUGGGAUGAAUUUGAGUGGUCAAGGCGGGCUAUCCAUGUGAGCAUUCAGAAGCAAACUAAAUGGUGGUAUGCCAAGCGGUUUUUGCAUCCUGAUAUUGUGGCACCCUACGACUACAUAUUUGUUUGGGAUGAGGAUCUUGGUGUGGAGCACUUCAACGCAGAGAAAUACAUAAAAUUGGUAAGGAAAUAUGGUUUGGAAAUAUCUCAGCCUGGUUUAGAACCAAAUAAUGGGCUAACAUGGCAAAUGACAAAGCGGAGAGGUGACAGUGAAGUUCACAUGCUGACAGAGGAGAAACCUGGUUGGUGUAAUGAUCCGCAUUUGCCACCAUGUGCAGCGUUUGUUGAAAUUAUGGCGCCUGUGUUUUCUCGGGAUGCAUGGCGUUGUGUUUGGCACAUGAUUCAGAAUGACCUGGUCCAUGGCUGGGGUCUGGAUUUUGCUCUUAGACAAUGCGUAGAGCCUGCACAUAAGAAAAUAGGAGUCGUGGAUGCACAGUGGAUUGUCCAUCAAGGUGUUCCAUCACUCGGGAACCAAGGGCAAGCAGAGCGUGGAAGAGCACCAUGGGAAGGGGUGAGGGAGAGGUGCAGGAGAGAAUGGACAAUGUUUCAAGCACGAAUGACCAGAGCAGAGAAAGCAUAUUUUGAGGCAAUGGGAGUUGAUCCUCCAAAUUCAACAGCUCAUUAG